AUGGAUAUUGGUGAGAAAUGGUACGGAGAUAUGAUACAGGCGAAGAAUGCAACACAAAUGCCCUAUAGACUCGAACGCAUCCGGUCCAAGUUCGAACGCCGUGGCAUAACUGGAAUCAAAUUCAUGAUUGUCAAUAUGAACUUGGACGAGGCACGACAGCAAGUCCAGAAUCUUAAAAAUGUCGUUAACGAGGUGGAAAUUCCGAUAUAUCAGGACAACGAUGAGUUACAAAUUUGGAGAACACUCGGCGGAGACAAAGACUACCUCUACAUUUAUGACGGGUGUGGAAUGCACAGAUACCUACUGACGUCAGCCGACAUAUUGGACCGUGUGCAAAGUUCCAUAGAUAGGCGCCUUAUCAAGCGUCGCAUACGCCAGGUAAAACGACGCGAUCGGUGCGCCCGGCAAUGUCGCAGGUACAGGCGGCGCUUGAUGUCGGCGGAGGACAUGGACCGGAUGCAGGGACACCAACCACAUGUUAUAUCUAUGUCACGUCAAAGGAACUCCGAUUCCGAUGCAAAUCGGACACCUGCGUGUAUGGAGCGUAACUGCCGAGGACAGAACAAUCCACAAAGCAGACACAGAUUGAUUCAUCGGAUGUGACGUCACAUGUUGAGACGAGGCCUUCUGGGAGAAUCGACACAGUCUUGAUUGUGUCCACGCAACUUCCGGGAUGUAUGUACGUGCACACGUUAUCGUCAGUCAGGUAGAAUGCGUUUCUGCGCAUGCUCUGAAAUCACGCCUUCCAUUAACGUGCGUUGUAUGUGAUAUAACUGUAACGAGUUUACUAACGGACAUGACGUAGAAAUUCCACUUGUCCGACCGUCUUGACGACUGUUGACCAGCUGACACUGUAAUAGCGACAAUAACCUCCAGUCAGCAACAUGUCAGUGACCAACAGGACAAUCGACUGACAUUGCUACACCAUCAUCAGUCUCCUGAUCUUGUGAUGGAGGUGUCUGCGUAUGACAAGGAAUUAACGAGUCGUGUAUGUGACGGGCGACCGACAUGGGAACGUCAUGAGAAUGUCAUUUAGACGCGACGUCAUGUUUUUGACCUAGGGACGCAUCACACGGUGAUAUGUGACACUGCCAGACAACGUCAACCGGCGUCAGCGAGAACUCCUGACAGUGACACGGACAACAGAGUGGUCGGAGUAGCGACAGUGUUGUCUGAGAAUGACAACACACGACCGGAAACUGUCAUUGAAAUUGCGAGGUUUCCAGCAAUGGAAACCUUCAGUGACAAUGACCAAUAGGUCGGACUCCAACUGCUGUUGUCCACUGACGAACCGGAAGUGACACCGGAAGUAGAUGACAUUGACCAACAACCGCCACGGCUGGAAAGACUUGAGAAUGCAUAUCAGGUAGGAACGGUGACCAUAGUUCGUGCAUGUGAGGCACAGACCAACAGCCGUGUGGAUGACAGUCAUUGACAUCUGAUAUGGCAUCCGACAUCGUCUGACAGUGCGACAGACAGAAUAAUACGACGGAAAUGUGAGCUUGACAGAGUCUGUCCGGUCAUCCGGAUGGAACCUGACAAUGUCACUCUAUCAGCACAGACUGACAAUGACAAGGUCUUACUACAGACGGGAACAUUUGACAAGAAACUGGGGUCGUGGGCGCACCCAUUUGACCUUGACAACAACAAUGACGGUGACCCGUUUCCGCGUGACAAUGACGAAGCAGCCGGAAUGGGAAGUCACUCUGACUUUGACAGUCAGCUGGACGCAACUGACAGUGCUCAGGGUCGCAUUUAGGGUAGAAAGGAAACCAAAAUUAAGACACCAAUUUCAAUUUUUUACUGAUGCUUACAAAAACGCUAAAUGACAUCAGCAAUUAUUUGGCGUUUUCUAAUUCAUAUAUAUAACCUUAAUGCUAAAACAAAAUAUCAUUUCUCCAAAUACAACUUUUAACAUACAUCAAUUGGUAAGAAAAAAGCGAAGUUCAAGAAAUGCUACCCCAUGCUACUGACCGGGACAAUAUAUAUACCAUAUCAAUGGUUUCAUGAACGAGUUGGUCAUACAAUGGAUAGCCUACAUGACGGCACUUGGACAAAACCCAGAAGGUAUCCAAUGUUCAGAUAAUUUGGCUGACCAGUUGACCAAAGCCCUGACAUGACACUAUUGAUAUUGACAAGAGAAUGAAUCUAUGACAUGAAACUGGUAUUACACUGUAUUGAACAUUGUACUGCUGAGGUGUGAAUAAGGAAGGAAGUGGUGAGUAUGUGCUGCUAAAAUAAAUGUAUCUUGUUAUUUGUACUAUGUUUAUUAACAAUUGUUUGUAAAACAAACAGAAAACAAUGCAUAUAUGUGCAUCUGCAAUCUCUGUGUCGCUUCUGCGAUUACAUCUUCGAAAUCCAGAAUAAUUUACACAUCAUCUCAGCGCCUUUGGAAAGUGACAAGAUGAUAUCACAGUAGGCCAAUUAAUCGAUUCGAGAAAUGCAAACAAAACGUCCAUUAAGAUUACAGGAAUGCUUACUUCCCUUACUUUUCAGGCCCGUUUACCAAGACACAUUCCGAGAAUUACAGAAAAUAGUCCAAUAGACAUCCUGAAUUUCGAAGAUGUUUAACCCCUCCAUCGGGGUCAUCCAUUUAUAUAAUUUAUAGUUAGCCAUUAUAAAUAAUAUGUUUAAAAUGUUAAUAGGCUAGCAACAAAGAACCCGUGAGCAAAACGCAUUUUAAGAAGAGAAUACGUGUACUUGAAAAUAACAUUCCAAUAAAAUAUUCGCAUUGUAAAUUAGAUUGAGUAAAUUGCGAAACUUCAACAUUGCUGUUUUGCACAUGUUUUGUUUGUGACUAGCCCUCAUCAAGCCCCUGUGUUCAGUGUAAUCGAGUAAAACAUAAUUGUGAACGAGAAAACUAUAUUUGUGUUAACUUAUCAUUCCCUGUCAGUCUUUAAAUAGUGUUACCGCCACAAUAAAUUAGCCAUUUAGGUAGAAUGUAUUUCUAUACUCUAUUAUUUGGAUAUGUAUUUGGGAAGAUUGCAACAACAGAUGUAGAAUUCUAGCUCACAAGCACCUGUGUCAGAGAGAGUGUGUUUGAGGGAGAGACGUAUCGGUAAUAAUGGUCGGUAUGAUACACGUGUUCGUCGACCUGUGACGACCCGCCAUAAAGCUAGGGAUAGAAGUGGUGGAGUCUGAGGGACUCUAGUCGACCGGUGUAUCCUUACGACCACUGUGUGUAAGGAGAUUAACACUUCCUUCCUUGUUCAGUACUAAUGUGAAAAAAAUGUUAUGAAUAAUAAUAAAAAUGAUAAUAACAUA